CUGCUUCUCAUUUCAGUUACCAAUUUGUUGAAAGAAUUAUACGGUUCCAAUGAGACCUGUUUAUGUUCUUGGAAUUUUGUGAUUUGUUGACUGGUGACGAAUACUUCGCUCUGUUGAUCUACUGUAAGCCCGUACUCAGUUACUUUGAUCUGUUAUCUCAUCGAGAGUCUGUCUCAGCCAAUCGGCGGUAACGUUGACCUUCCUGAUUCCUUUAAGAGCUUCAGGCACUUUCUCUUGGAAAACAGGCCCAAAUUCAUUAUUACCAUACAAGUUUUCCGCUCAUAAUCACUGAAUUAAUGUUUGUGCUGCGAAUUGGAAGAGUGCAAUGCCUUCCAAAUGGUGUCAUUUAAUAACUUUUUGAAGGGAAGCGUUGGUUUCUGAUUCUGGAAGAGCUUGAAUAUUGUUCUGUGGUAACAAAUUAUGAUUGGAAGGAAGAACAUGGGGCAGGCAUUGCCACUGUUUCUGGUUCUUCUGGCUCUUGGGUUUUUCUUUGCAACAUAUAAUUUGCUGACCAUGAUAUUUCACAAUAGAACUGCUGCUUCUGGCUCAGAGGAGUAUAUCAGUGAGGAUUCACAAAGUCACUUGUUAGUUGAUCCUAUUGUCGAGAUGCCUAAGGAUGUGAAGAGACUAAAGAAUGCUAAGCUGCUAUUCCAUGUUGCCUUAACAGCUACCGAUGCACCUUAUAGCAAAUGGCAAUGUCGGAUUAUGUACUAUUGGUAUAAGAAGACAAAGAACUUGCCUGGAUCAGAGAUGGGUGCAUUCACUCGGAUCCUACAUUCAGGAAGUCCCGAUAACUUAAUGGAUGAGAUUCCUACCUUUGUGGUUGACCCUCUACCAGCAGGCCUGGAUCGAGGUUAUGUAGUUUUAAAUAGACCGUGGGCCUUUGUGCAAUGGCUGGAAAAGGCUACAAUUGAAGAAGAAUACAUAUUGAUGGCAGAACCUGAUCACAUUUUUGUGAAUCCGCUCCCUAAUUUGGCACAUGGAGAUUUACCUGCUGCCUUCCCUUUUUUCUACAUAAAGCCUGAAGAAAAUGAAAAGAUUAUAAGAAAGUUUUUCCCCAAGGAGAAUGGCCCUGUCACUAAUAUUGAUCCAAUAGGCAAUUCCCCUGUUAUUAUCAAGAAGGAUUUGCUGGAGAAAAUCGCACCUACCUGGAUGAAUGUUUCUUUGAGAAUGAAAGAUGACCCAGAGACUGAUAAAACCUUUGGAUGGGUGCUAGAAAUGUAUGCAUAUGCUGUGGCCUCAGCUUUACAUGGUGUACAGCAUAUUCUUCGGAAAGACUUUAUGCUACAGCCUCCAUGGGAUUUGGAAACUACGGGCAGGUUUAUUAUCCAUUACACUUAUGGGUGUGACUAUAACAUGAAGGGUGAGCUAACAUAUGGAAAAAUUGGAGAGUGGCGAUUUGACAAGAGAUCGUUUCUCCGUGGACCUCCACCUAGAAAUCUCCCAUUGCCCCCUCCAGGAGUUCCUGAAAGUGUGGUCACUCUUGUAAAGAUGGUGAAUGAAGCUACAGCCAACAUUCCAGGAUGGGAACCAGAUAGGAAGUCAUCGUAAACCCUCAAAAACCUGGUCACAGAAAAAAAUGAGAAUCCUGUUUUUUGUUUGGCCAUUCAUGCACACAAAGACAAAGCUCAUACUUGAUUCUUGUAAGAACAUACAUACAGAAAGAAAAACUAUGGUUUUGCUCUAAACUAGGGUACGCCACACCUCCAUUGGGAGAGGAAAAGGAAACCAUAGCAAAGGUAGUUAAUUUUUGAUUACUUAUUCAGUCCCGAUAAGUAAAAUUUUCAAAUUUGUUAGUAGGUUUCCCGUAUUUGAUUUUGUUGUAUUUAUUAUUGAUAUUGGGAGAAUUCCUCUACCAAAAUUAAGAAGGGAAAGGGGUGGGGGAUGAGAUGGAGUAAUUUGUAUCUUGUUACUGUAGCACUGGAAUGUAUGAUCAGGAAACAUUGCGAGCAAGCAGGUUUGGUCAUGAGCUGAAUGGAGCUUAGGGCUUGACUCCAGUGGGACCAUUGACCUUUUAUCCUCUCUCUCUCUCUCUCACGUGGUUGAUUUUGGGGGUUGGGUUGGGUUUUCAAUUUGAACAUUGAUGAGCAUAAACAAAUUAUGUGCUGUAUUUGAUUAUAAUAAACAUUGGGUUCGAGUA